AUGUGUGUUGGCGAUGUUGAUGGCCAGAUGGGUGAUGAAGAAAUCGAGAUUUUUCUAACACCAACUUUACCGUGUGCACCUGGAGUGCUACAAAAACUUCCAAGCACUGAACAUCAAGUACAACUACAAAAAACGUCAUCUAAAAGAUUGUUAUCAGAUUUUUUGUAA